AUGGUAAAUUUAUCUAAAUUUUUCAAGAGAAAAUCAUCGUCUUCACAAAUUACACUUGAUAAAUUACAUCUUAAUGAAAUGGCUGAAACUAGAUUCUAUGUGGAGCAAUUAAUGAUAGAUGCUUCCGCUCCAUAUUUGAAUAACAAUAAAGAUAAUGUAAAUUCUGACGAAAUAAGACGAAAAAAACUUGCACCUCUAGGGCCACAACAAAGAAUUAUAUGUAUAAACGUCGAUGGAAUAAAAUUAAUUACUGGAAAUGAAAAGGAAGUUCUUGAAGAAAUCGAAUGGAGUAGUAUAGAUCAUAUUAAAUUACAACAAAAUCUCAUCAUAUGGGAAGUUUACCUCAAGAAUAAACGUCAACUAUAUUUCAAAUCACAAAAAGCCUAUCAUUUACAUUGUGCAACCGAUCACUUUAUCGAAUCUGUAGUUAGAUCAAAUUUAUCAAAUGAAUGUCAGACCGAAUAUUAA